GUGCUCUCAGCAACUCAAAACACUAACAAAAUGAUUGACAAGAGAAGUUUCUACAUAAGCAUAUGCAGCAUUUCUUUGCUCUUGUCACUAGUGAUUGCAGCUCCAACUACAACUCUUCCAGACUCCACAAAUGCUUCACCGCCUUCUGCAAACUCAUCAGAAAGAAAGCCACCGAAUAAUCCUUUAUCUACCUCUCUGACAACCUCUUCUCCUCUUUCAAUGACUUCUGAUGAAAGCAAACCUCCGGAACUCACAACAACGCCGAAACCAUCUUUAGGUCCAAGCAACAGAUUUCAAGCUACUCCAGCAACUACAAUGAAAUCGAGGAAAAAUAAAAACGAUUUGUUCUUUUGCUGCUCUGAUGAUUCAUCUUCCACCGAUACCAUCAGAAGAAGCAAAGAGCGGGAGAGGAACACAAAGCCACCUGUACUCAAAAAGGGUAAAAACCAUGAAUUAGAAGAACCUUAUUUUGAAAGAAGACCUGCUCUGUUACUACGCUUCUUUCCUGAUGGAACAGCAGUUCUUAUUUCGAAAUUCCAAUUGCAUCUUCAUGUGAAGCCGAAACAAAUAAAGUUUGAACCUGUUGACGAGGAUACAAAUUUGGAAGAACCACUGGAAUAUGAUGGAAAAAGUUUUGAAGUCACAUAUAAACGUUUGGAAGCUAUUCCUUCUGCAAGAGAACAGAAUUUGGAGGAACUUCCAGAGGAAGAAUUGAGCACUGGUUCGUUCGUGGCCUAUAACGACGAUAUUGAUCAUCGAGACCAUGAACUUGUAACAUCAACUAUGUCUUCAACUAAGAUUACUGAAGCGAGAAAUAAGCCAGGGAGACCUUCUCCUUUGAUAGAAACCACAGAAUCUCCACAAACUACCUCACCAAAUACAGAGCUUAGUACAAAGGAAAUCACCACAACUGAAGAAAUGAAAACUAGUAAAGUUGAUGAAACAACACUAGCUAUGGGUGAUAGUCCAUUUUUCAUUAUGACAGCAGGUGAAAUGUCAUCCCUUCAACAACAAUAUGAUCCAGUACAAGCUGCACCACUAAGAGCAACAACAACUCAAUCAACAACUCAGAAGGAAGUUACUUCUACUACAACAGAGCAAACAACCGUCACUCAGACAAUACCAACUAGUACGUUCCAAACAACGAUGGUUACAAAUACCGAACCUAGUGUUCCCCAAACUGAGCCAACGACUACAACUACAAAAUGUCUGAGUUUCAGGAAUCAGUUAUCUUUAGUUCUAUCAACUGAAGAUAAUAUAGACAACUCUUUGUUAAAAAAGCAUGUACUACCUACUCAAGACUGUAAUUCUUCUGAUGGAGAACCAACAAAUACUUUCGCUAGAUUGCAAUCUGUUGAAACAACUGCAACGGAGUCCACAUUUACAACAGAAUCAACAACUCCUUCUAUAAUUCCUACAACACAGACUCCAACGACGACUCCUUAUACAGGAAAUAAUUUAGUACCUUAUUUGUCAUCUCGAUUAUCAAAUAAUCCAUCGAAAUCUGAUGUUGUAGUAGUCACAUCUUUACCUGUACUAAUAGACCUUAAAAACUCUAGAAACAAGCCUGUAACAGAAGUUCCCGCCUGGAAAGAAGUCACAGUUGGAGUUGUUCGAGAUCAACAAGGUCAACCUCUUAAGCCUAGGUACAAUAACUGGACUGCCCAUCUCAGGGGACUGAAGAAGAAGCCCGGGAAUAAAUUUUGGAACGAACUUACAACUCCUAGGCCAGAUUUUAAGAGUCAUCAAAGGUUGCCAAGUCAACAGAAUUUCCAACAAUUACCAAGUCAGGUAAAUCAUGCCUUUUGGUCUGAUCUUCAGCGUCAGAGGCCACCAAUGGUACAGCAUUCAAGAGAUAAAAAUGUUUUAAAUCCUCCACCUUAUAUCACCAAUCCUCCCCAAAGCUAUCCUGCAUCAAAUGCUCAAACGUAUCAGGUGUGGAGGAAUCCAGGGUAUGAAGCAAAUAGUAGAUGGAAUGAUAACAUCAAUCCUGAUUAUAUCUCCCCUCAUGAUAUUCGAAGAACGAAGUCAUUAAGGAAUUCACCUCAAAAUUUUGAACAUCAAGAGGCACGUCAACCUCAACAAUGGAACAAUGCUCAAAGACAGAUGUCUCGAAGAUGGUAGAAUUUCAGCAUAAUUUUUAUUAGAUAUUAUAAAUGAACUUUCAGUCUGCAUGUCUACCAGAAGUUGUAUAGCUACUUGCAAGCUUACCAAGAGCAAAAAAGAAUCUAGUGAGCAUCUACUUUGAAUCAAAUGUCUGGAAAAUGUUUUGACGGAGAACUUACGACAAGAACCAUUUUUAAGAUCUGUAUUUUGCAAUGAAUAUCUGUUUAUUCA